AUGGCUGGGGAGGCACAGGGGGAGGGCUGGGACGGGCUGACUACACCAUGCCACCCUCAGGAGCAAGACCCAUCCCGGAGUGAGUGCGGGGCAGUCCGGCUCACCCUCCGCACCCUCCAUGCCACCAGCUCCGUCCAGUUUCCCCCUUUGUGCUGGUGGAGUUCUGCUGGCUUCAGCCUUAUGCCGUCGCCGGCCCCGCCGCCCCGCGCCCUCCUCCGCGCCAAGCCGGUGCACCGGGAGCGCCUGCCGCAGUCCAGCCGCUGGGACCCGCCUGCCUGGCAGCGCGGCAACGGGGUGUUGGUGGAAGGAGAACUCCUGGACGGCUCUCGGCACCUCAUCUUGGACGCUGCUAACAGGAAGGGGCGCUACUUUGUGCUGUACGUCAGGCCCACGCUCAUCCAUCGCCGCAGGUUUGACUCCGAGGGGCAAGAGGUGGAGCCCAACUUCAGCCAGACCCGGAAGGUGACCACGGGCUUCCUCAUGGCCUCCUACAAGGUGGAAGCCAAGGGCAGCACAGACCGGCUGACUCUGGAGGAGCUGGAGUGCCUGGUGGGGAAGCCGGAGCUGGCCAAGAUGACGCAGCCCCACACGCCCAGCCAGGCCGUGGCCUUCUGGCUGCCCGAAAGCGAGAUGGAGCGGAUGGAGCUGGAGGUGGGGACGCAGGUCCGCCUGAAGACCCUGGGGGACAGCCCCUUCGUUUUCUCCUUGGCUAAGCUGGAAGCCGGGACGGUGACCAAAUGCAACUUUGCCGGUGAGCAGCAGGCUGGAGCGUCCUGGACGGACAACAUCUUUGCUAACAAGCAGCACGGGGAGCUGGCUGGCGAGCCCCGAGGGCCCGGGGACGGCGCAGAAGAUGCCGAGUGGGAGGACUGAGCCCUGGGGGGCCCCGUUCCCGAGGACGUCUGUGGCUCGCGGCCCCGUCUCGGAGGCCUUGGUGUGCUCUGCCCUCGGUGGCUGCGUGGCUGGAUCGUCUCUCUGCAGGGCAGCCCCUCCGGGAUGGAGGUCCCUGCCCUGGACUCCGGAUUCCUCCUGGCUCGGGGGACUCGGCCUUGGCCCCGCCGAUGAUGCUGGACUACAGUUCCCAUCGUCCCUGGCUACAGUUACCUUCAGCCAUUGUGGCUGGGCAUGAUGGGAGUUGCAGUCCCAUGACGCCUGGGGAGUCGGCACCCCCCCCCCCGUCCUGGCUGCUUCCCAGCGACCUGAGGGAGGCCACACUGGCGACCUUUCCUUGUGACCGAGGGGUCCCUGCCUGGCUGUGGGCCUGGAGCAAGGGAGCCCCUGCAGCGGGGGGGGGGGGCUCUUCGGGGCACCCUCCACUCAGAACUCCUUGGAGAAGUUCCGGGGGGGGGCGGGGGGGCUGCUUGCAUCCCGGGCGGCUGGAUGCUGCCAGAGGCAGAGUGCCGGAGGGGCCCCUCCACCCCGGAGGGGGCGUCCCACCGAGGGCUCCCCUCCCAUUCCAAGCAGCGGCCUGGAAACUGGUGCCUGGCCUGGCCGGCCGUUGCUGUGCCUCCCUCGGCCGGGCUCUCAGCUGCGGCCCUGGCCUCGCCUGGCCCACCUUGCAUACCAGCUCCCCAGGCGUGGGUGACGGCAGACCCUCCUCCUCCUCCCCCCCCCCCGGGAUGUGGGUGCCGCCCCAAAGGGAGCGUGUGGGCAGAAGGCCCCCGGCUCCGUCCCCGCGUCUCCAGCCAGGGGGCCGGUGCUGGGGUCGAGGCGAGGCCGUGGAGCUGCUGCCCGCCAGAGCAGGCAGUGCCGGGCGUGAGGCAGCAAGGAGCCGGAGCUGCUCUUGAGGGUCUCGGCUCUUCCCCGGGAGUGACUCCAGACCCCCUCGAAAGCCCUGCGCAGCUUCCGGGGGCCAGGCGGCAAUCGCUGUGCGCCCCUGGCCUGGGCUGUGCUGGGGAUGCCGCUGCCUGCUGGGCUGGGAAGACUGGACGGCCCCAGCCCUCCUCGGCUUGGCCGUUUCGCCCUCGACUGGCUUUUCGAGUCCUCGGGAAGGGCAAGUAAGAGCCCGGCCACUGUGGCUGGCUAACAGGUCAGGGCCAGGAGCGGAGUCCUGAGCCCCCUCCCCAGAUGCCGCCGUGGGGCUUCUCCGGGCUCUUCUCUUCUGAGGGAGUUGGCUCCCCCCGCUCUGGGUGUGUCUGUCUGUGGCUGGACGGCCAGGGCCUCGCUCCAGGGCAGAGUCCCUGCUUGGCCUGCCCAAGGCUCAGCCCCAGGCGGCAGCAUCUCCAGGUAGGGCUGGGGGGAGACCGCUGUCUGGACACCCCCCCCCCGCCCGGGGGGGGGAGCCACUGCCAGUUGGGGCAGUCUCUGCUGAGCGAGGCAGAUCGGGGGGGGGGGGGUCCGCCUCAGUAAAAGGCCGCUCGGCACGUUGAAAAGGAAGCCCCCCCCCAGGCCCCCUAGAGGCCAGCGGCUGCUACUGCCGGGGCUCCCAACCUGUGGUGCUCCAGAUGUUGCUGGACUACAACUCCCAUCACCCCCAGCCUCAAUAAAUUGUAACCCCUGCACCAA